CUCCUCGGGAUUACAACAUGAACUGCAAGCCUAGCAAAUGACAGCGAAUGGACCUGUACAACUCUCAACAUUAUUCUUAUACUCGGCAUGCUAUCUACCAUGUUAAAGGUGUGACAAUGCCCCAACGACGCGGCCCUGAUUAGCUUCUGCUCUAUAUGCUCAUGAAGUUAGCCAUGUUUGGUCUUUUCUUCAAACUUGUCCCCACGCUGCGAUGGCCUACUCCUCUUGUGCAUGACGUCAAUCACGACAAAGUUGCGAUAGACAACUGCAUCUCCGCUGUUCAAAUAUACUUCCCCUACGAAUCAACCACUCCUACAAACUAUACCUCCUUGUGCGAACAGUAUUUAUGGCGUGUCGCAUGUUACGACGACCAUGCCUCGACCCCAUCCUCACACCCUGAUCGGGCGACCAUAGAAAUGGACAUGCACGCGUACUGCCGCGUAGCAGGGAGCGUCGACGCCACCAAGGUGCAGCGCCAAUACCACGCGCAACGCAGACAAAUCAACAGCAUCCUAUCGAGCAUCGGAGGCGAAAUAUCUUCGUUUCUGUCAAGUGCUAGUGUUACAAUUGUCCUGCCUUCAUUGGCUUCGAGGUCGCCUGUUGCGAGUGUCGCGCCGUCAGCUUUUACCACGCCUCCAGCAAGCGCUGUGCAGUCGAUGAGGAGUUCGGUAUCUACACCGGUCGCACCUGCAUCGAGCGCGCGGAGUAGUGUGCCCACGCCAACCCGUUCUCUCACCCAGGGUCUCGCUACGAGUUCGAAUUCGGACGUCUCGCAGUCUAUUGCGCAAUCGACCUCUUCUCCUCGAGCAGCCUCGAUCUCGUCUACCCGCUCACGCCCCUCAGCAGGCCUCAUCGCCGGUGUCGUGAUCGGAAGUGUCGCCGUUCUUGUCCUUUUCGGCAUCUUGUUGAUGUUAGUCCUUCGCCAUAAGAGGAAGAAGACUUCUACGAAAACAUCUGCCGCAGAGAAUGGAGAGGGCAAUGUCGCUGUCUAUCGCGGUGAGCCGUCUGUUGAGACUAUUACUGCAGAAGAGAGUAUAGUAGGAGACGAAAAGACUGUCUAUCAAUCGCGCGAACCGCCAUCCGAACCGCCACCCUUACCCAGGGAAAAUGAAAUGCCAACAAGUGCGAAUGUGUGGGAACUGGAUGCGCGGGAACGGCCUCCGCCCGUCGAGCUGGAAGCGGGGAAUACAUACAUUCCCUACAAAACUCCCGAUUCGAAGUCCGCCCACCUGCCUGUGGGACAUGAAGCUUGAAUUUGAGAAGGAAAAGACGAAAUGGAAUGGAAUAUGAAAUCACGACUGUAAUGAACUCGGAAAAUGCAUGGUCAUAUAGGGGAAAUGAAUCACUUAAAGAGCCUGAAGUAUUUCAAGCAAUGUGAAUAUUGGAGCGCAAGUUAUUUUCCCCAUUUCCUC